GACGCCUUCAUGUUCAUUGUAGUCGUGAUUUUUAACGGUAUCAGCGGUAUCAGUUGCAUGCAAACUUGUAAUGAAACCGAGCUAAAUAUCUAUCGUCUGUAGGUAGCAUUUGACGGUUGAACAAUUAUUUCGGUAUUUUUUAAUUAGGAGAGGUAUUGUCAAAGUGUUGUGUGAAAUCAAUUGGAAACGAUGUCGGAUUUACUUCACUUGCCUUUAAAGAUCAUAUUUGCAGUUCAUUUUGUACUCAUCAGUUGGGCAGUUCAAGGAGCAUGGUGUCCACCGUCAGCAAUGUUAUACAAUCUGGUAUUUUUUGUUUGUCUGCUUUGGGCAAUCCACAAUGGGCAGUCAGAUGAGCCUAUUCAGCUUGCUCUCAUAGUAAACAUUUUAUCAAUACUUCUCGAUGUGAUCAUACUCUCCAUCUAUUUUCCAUCAUCGUCUUAUGCAUCUGAGAAGUUCAGUGCUGCUUUCUUGAUCAUCAAUAUGAUCGUGAGAGUGGUAUCUACAUUUGUGCUACUACGUGUUGGCCAGACAAGAGGAGGAAUGCUUGCAGGGAUGUUCACUCUGAGCCCUACGAUGGGCUUUGGACGUGAAGAUUACGAGGACAUAUCGCAGCCAGUCCCCGGUUAUACCGACUUUACCCAGAUGUAAGGAUCUCAGAGAAAUUAUUGAACGGACUCUGUUAUCCUUCAGAAUUCUGACUUUUCUUGGAUCUGAAGGUACCACGGAGAAUCCUCGGCGGAAACCGUUCUUUUGCGAGAUUCGGAGUUCGGCCUGUUAGGCAGAGCUUUGUACGACUGUACAGUAUAAUAACUCGUAAGGAUAAUGUCUCUUCGACUAUACAUAAAUAACAAAACUCUCGAAUUAUUGGAAUUAGAAUAAGUUAAGCAACUGGUAUCCAUGGACAUAUGAAGUGAUCAUGAUAUUAAUUUUAAAGGUCUCAAUUGCCCUUGAAGGAAUUACGAGGAAAUUUCUUUGGAACAUGAAAUCAAAAUAUAAUUAACAAGUCAUUAUGUAUGUAUUUUAAUUGGCAUAAUUAACAUUCAUUUGUCCAGGGCUACAGAUGCCUCUUGUAAACAUCGUGAUAAGAAAUGCGUUUAGUGAAAGAAGCUGAUAUUUUUAAGGAGCCUUACAAAUACUGGCUAUUACCUUCUUUAUAUUAUUAGAUUAGAAAGUGUCAAGGACUAGUUUUAUUGAAGAAAGUAGUUGUUAAUUAUACGAUCAACCAGUUUGAUAGGAGAUGUACUCGCCUGUACAAAAUAUUGCAAAUUAAUUUCAUCAAGAAUUACUAAAGGAUGUAACAAAAGAAAUAUGAAAGGAGUGUGGUGUUAAUUACGAAAUUAGUUAUCGAAGAUUGGAUGAAUGCGAGGAGAUAACGAGUCGCACUCGUAUUUAUAUUUGUCUUUAUUGAUAUGUAUAUUUGAAAAUAUCCGUAAUAAAUUUACAAGAAGGUGUAGUUGAAAUGGACGUGAAACAUUCGUAAAGAGCGAUGAACAUUAUACUAAGAGACUGCUUCAAGUGACAGCAAAAGAUACAAAAUCAUUAUGUCGAACCGUGGAAUUAUUUGUUUAAAAUCCUAUGUAGCAUUUAUAUUGUAUUUGUAUCUAAUUCUGGAUGUCAGUCAGAUAUUUUUCAAUUUUUAUAAGUUUAUUGCUGAUUCCUAUAUAGUAAACACAAGAGAGAUACAUGUUUUAAUGUUGAGGCAAUGUACAAUAAUGAAGGUAGAAUUGUCACCAUCGACAAGCUGAGGAACACAAAUAUUGUUUUGCAUUUAUCAAAAGAUCAAAGAAAAAAUACUGUGUCAGUUCAAUGAUGUCGAUUUCUUUGGAGCUGUUAUGACGAAGGUAGCAGUCCGAGAGACAACCGUGAAUUGUCAUCAGCUUGCAAAUAGACGCAAUUGCCUAGAAAUGCAUCGGACGAUACGUGUGGUCUUUUAAGCUUUAAUGCGUAGACGGAAUGAAAGAUAUUCUUUGUAGUAGCAUUUUUACUUAUGACACUCUAAUAAAUGUCUUGGCGAAUAA